AUGCUCAGAGACUCAGAGGAGUCAGAGAUCAGAUCGUCAGAUCAGAUUCUCUUCACAAAUCAGUCUAGGAGUGACGGCUGUAUUACAUGCGUGCCAGAGACGGCACCGCUGCCAUAUAAAAAGAUCGGAUUGCGAUCGGAGCAUAAGAGGACGACGGCAGCGACGGCGCCGCUACCAGCGGAUGAAAGGAUGAUAGCGACGGCGCCGCUCCCGGUCCACGAGAGGAUAGCGAUAGCGACGGCGUCGCUACCAAUGGAUGAAAAGACAAAAGCGACGGCGCCGCUCCCGGUCCACGAGAAGAUAGCGACAGCGACGCCGCCGCUACCAAUGGAUGAAAGGAUGAUAACGACGGCGCCGCUCCCGGUCCACGAGAAGAUAACGACAGUGACGGCGCCGCUACCAGUGGAUGAAAGUACGAUAGCGACGGCGCCGCUACCAGUGUAUGAGAGAACGGUGGCAGCAAUGGCGUCGCUACCAGCGGAUGAAAGGAUGAUAGCGACGGCGCCGCUACCAGUGCACGAAAGGACGAUAGCGACGGCGCCGCUACCAGUGUAUGGGAGAACGGUGGCAGCAACGGCGUCGCUACCAGCGGAUGAAAGGAUGAUAGCGACGGCGCCGCUACCAGUGCACGAAAGGACGAUAGCGACGACGUCGCUGCCGGUAUACGAGAGGAUGGUGGCAGCGACGGCGCCACUACCAGCGCAUGAAAGGACGACAGCGACGGCGCCGCUACCGAUAUACGAGAGAUCAACAGCGACGGCGCCGCUAUUGGCACAAGAGACGACGACAGCGACGGCACAUUAUAUGCAGGCUACUACUUGGAAAGGUCGAGACGGAAUUAACAAGUACGCAUUUGAUCCACCGGCACCACCAGCAAGAAUGAUCGCAACCCCUCCGGUAUCGAUGCAAGGCUACGUCCCGGCACCGCCCGCGAUGCAAGCAUACGUUCCGGCAUCGCUCGCGAUGCAAGGAUACGUCCCGGCAUCGCCCGCGAUGCAAGGAUACGUCCCGGCAUCGCCCGCGAUGCAAGGAUACGUCCCGGCAUCGCCCGCGAUGCAAGGAUACGUUCCGGCAUCGCCCGCGAUGCAAGGAUACGUUCCGGCAUCGCCCGCGAUGCAAGAAUACGUCCCGGCAUCGCCCGCGAUGCAAGGAUACGUUCCGGCAGCACCCGCGAUGCAAGGAUACGUCCCGGCAUCGCCCGCGAUGCAAGGAUACGUCCCGGCAUCGCCCGCGAUGCAAGGAUACGUCCCGGCAUCGCCCGCGAUGCAAGGAUACGUCCCGGCAUCGCCCGCGAUGCAAGGAUACGUUCCGGCAGCACCCGCGAUGCAAGUAUACGUUCCGCGGUAUUAUUAG